AUGGAAGGCAUCUCCACCAUUGUCCACGCCGUUCUCGUGGUGUUUCUCAUCAUUGAGCUGGGCCUGACUGCCUACUUGGUUGACCGAUCCAACGGCAACGAGUCCCGCUUCAACUUCAUGCUUUUCAACUCUAUCUGGACUUUCGUCGUCGUCCUCUACACCGGCCUCGUCAAGCGCGUCUUCUCUGGCCUCUACCACGCCAUCGUCGGCCUGGCCCUUCUCGCCCUUACAGCCAUCUUUUGGUUUGCUGGCUCCAUCGCCAUCGCCGCCAAGAUCCCCGUUAACUGCCACGGCGUACACGACUGCCAGGUCGCUCAGGCUGCCACCGCCUUUGGCUUCUUCCUCUGGGCCAUCACGACGGGCCUCGCCGUCAUCGAGGGCCUCGGCUCGCGCGGCGGAGCGCGCGUGUAA